AUGGGAUCCGCCAACGUUGAAAUACGCACUCUGUCAGCUGAGGUUGAUUAUCUUAAGGAGAACAAUCCGAACCAGCUAUUUUGCAUCCACCCACUAUCCCCAGACAUCUCUCAGGGAUGGCGCAACGUAACAAUGAAAGACUUGUCUGGCGCAACAGAUUACAUGGCAAGGUGGAUUGAAGAUAAUGUGGCAGCUCGUUCAAGUCAUGAGACAUUGGCUUAUAUGGGAGCAAACGAUAUACGCUACGCUGCUUUUAUUCUUGCUUGCACCAAGGUCGGACACAUUCCAUUGCUUCUCUCUCCCCGAAAUUCGCUGGAAGCAUCACGUCACGUUCUCGCAAAGAGUGGAUGUUCGAAGUUCGUCUACAGCGUGGAACGCGAGAGGCAAGUAAACGAACUGUGCGCAGCAGAUUCCAGCAUCAAGGCAUGGAUUGUCCCGGACCUUUGGGACGUUUUCAGCAAUACUGAAGUCCUGCCGUAUGAAGGGGUGAAACAGUCCGAAGGAGUGGAGGACAGCGUUGCCGCCAUCAUUCAUAGUUCUGGGACGACAGGUUUGCCCAAGCCCGUUCUACUUACGCAUGGAUACGUCGCCGCACAGAAGGGGGUUCAAGUUAUGCCUACACCCCCUGGGCGAGUUGGCAGUGUUUACAGUGUCUGCGAACCCGGAAAACUGGCGUUUACAAUGAGUCCAUUUUUCCACUUCAUGGGUUUGCUUACGGUGAUCGCUUCAGUUUCCGCCGCGACCCCGUUCGUAUUAAGCCCGGAAAAGCCAAUGACGGCCGAAUUACUCGCCACAAUCGUGACAGAGACAAAAUGCACUUCAGCGAGUCUUCCGCCAUCAUCAUUAGAAGACCUUUAUUCCUCCCAGGUAGGACAAAAAACGUUGUCUAAGUUUCAUUACAUCGCGUACGGAGGAGCGCCGCUGUCACCCGAGAUUGGGGAUGGGCUUUGCAAAUUGACCCACCUGCAGACUGUUCUUGGGUCGAGCGAAUGUGGUUUGGUUGCAUCUCUAAAGGCGGAAGAGCGUGAAGAUUGGGGAUAUUUUGAAUGGAAUCCCUUCUACGCGGUUGACAUGCGGGCCCAAGGGGAUGGCACCUUCGAGUUAGUUAUUCCUCGCCAGUCGAAUAGGCACGUCCACGGCGUUUUCCACACGUACCCGGAUCUCACAGAAUAUCGAACCGGUGACCUUUUUACUCCGCACGCGCGGAAGCCAGGCCUAUGGAGAUAUAUUGGGCGUGGAGAUGAUGUCAUUGUGCUCAGCAACGGAGAAAAAUUUAAUCCGACAUCAAUGGAAAUUAUUAUCCAGGGACAUCCCCUAGUGUCAAAGGCUGUUGUUAUAGGCCAAGGGCGGUUCCAGGCAGCUCUCCUCUGUGAGCUAGACUGGGACAAUUGGAAAGGAGAUGAAGACGAAUUCAUUGAGGAAAUCUGGCCAAUAGUGCAGAAGGCGAACGAGGGUGCACCAGGACACGGCCGGCUAAUGAAGUCAAAAAUAGGUCUUUCGUCUCCUUCAAAACCUUUCAAAACGACACCGAAAGGAACUGUUCAACGACGGAUAGUAACUGAGGACUACAGAGAUGAAAUUGAGUCAUUGUAUUCCAAGUCUGAUAACGAAGCGACGAUCAGUAUCUCCAAGGAUGCAAGCCCAAAUGACAUAAUUGUGCAAGUGAAGGCUGUAGUUUCAACCUUGCUUCCGUCACAGGAGAUUGGCGACCAUAGCGAUAUAUUUUCUUUGGGCCUUGAUUCCCUCCAAUCACUGCAGCUCGGCCAGGUCUUGCAAAGUGCAGUCCGGGCGAUUUGCCCACAGUUAAGUAAUGAUGCAUUUUCUAGCAGGCAAAUAUACUCCCACCCUUCUGUGUCUACCCUUUCACAUUAUAUGUACGAUCUCGUUCACGGGAAAGCCAUGAUAGACGAAGCCGGGGCCGGAGUGGAGGAUGACAGCGCAAGAUCUGCCAGGCUUCUGGCACUCGUACAGAAAUAUACUGCCGGCUUGGCCGAGAAGCAUUCUAUCAUUCUUACUGGCUCCACCGGAUCUCUCGGCAGCUACUUGCUGCACGAGCUCCUUCUCGAUCCUAAAGUUGCCAAGGUAUAUUGUUUGAACCGUUCAGAAGACGCAGCAGAAAGACAAACCCAGAGUUUUCAGGGGAAGGGGUUGUCAUCUUCUAACGCUUUCGCCUCCAGGGUUGAAUUUCUCCACGCAAAGUUUGGAGAUGAACGCCUUGGGCUUGCCAAUGAUGUCUAUGAUCGGCUGCUUCAAUCCGUCGAUACAAUAAUUCACAAUGCUUGGAAAGUGAAUUUCAACCACCAAGUAGAAGCGUUCGAACAACCACAUCUCGAAGGAGUCCGUCGACUUGUCGACUUUAGCAUUGCCAGCACUCAUCGCGCACAUAUUCACUUCAUAUCCUCCAUCUCGACCGUUGAAGGGUGGAAUACCACAAAACGUGGCACACAUGUUCCGGAAGAAAUAUUUGAAGAGGCUGAUGUCGUGAUGCGUACCGGAUAUGGAGAAUCUAAGCAUGUUGGGGAACGAAUUUGUGCUUUUGCUUCUUCCUAUUGUGGUGUCCCAACCAGCAUUCAUCGUGUUGGUCAAAUCGGAGGUCCGACAACAGAAAAAGGAAUGUGGAACAAGCAAGAAUGGUUCCCAUCCCUGGUUGCAACGUCAAAAACAAUAAAACAGCUUCCCUCAUCCCUUGGAGGCAUAACAGUGGACUGGAUUCCAGUGGACACCAUCGCGGGGGUAAUCAUCGAUAUUAUCCGAUCAAGGAGACAAAAUGAAGAGGAAGUCCGUUGCGCCGCCUUCCAUCUCGUUAAUCCAAGUCCUGCUGCCUGGGAAUCCUUGAUACCAGCCAUCGAGAAACAUUUCCCUGUCAAGAUAGUUGAUCCGCAAAAAUGGAUUGCUAGUUUGGAAGAAAUCACACACCCAACCCAGAGUGAUCUGCAGGAUAAGCCUGCAUUGAAGAUUCUUGACUUCUUUCGUGGUGCUUUUAUUGGACAAGGUGAGGGAUUAAGCAAGCCUCCGGUGUUGGACACUCAAAGAACACAGGAGGCGAGCGUGACGAUGCAACAGCUUAAGCCAAUUGAUCACGAUAUUUUGAAUACCUGGAUGUUGCAAUGGAAGUUCUGA